AUGCAGGGAACGCUGCAACAUUUGGGGUUCUACCCCACGGCGAAGCUUCUUCAAGCCAUGACCAGCAUGGAUCUUCUCCGGCUAAGCAGUGUAACGCUGUUUACUCACAUGCAAGAUCAUGAUCAGCAUGACGCUGCGCGGCUGUGCCGCAUUCAACCAUCCCUGGAGCGGCUUGUAAUUCCCGGUGUUGUUGCCCAAGAUUCGAUACUUUGCGAAAUUGGCCGCAACCUGCGCGGACUCAAAGUCCUCGACACGUACAUUGAAGAAGUGGAAGCUGGUCGGCCAACCUUCCUGGCUACGAUGCCCAACCUGGAGCUACUGACCCUCAGAGGAUACGUCAAGCAACCGAUCGACUUCACCGGAUUCACCAACCCCAAUUUGAGGCAAGCUCGCUUCUGGUACUUGUCCUUCGAACAAGCUAGUCUGCCCUCAUUCCUGAACGGUUCCCCCAACCUCCAACUCCUAUCGCUGAGCGAUUGCGAUCUGACCGAGACCCGCUUCAUCCAACCACGCAUCAACCUGCUCCAAACUCUCGAACUCCUCGACGGCGACCAAAUUCCCAACAAAUCCCUUCUCCAACUGAUCACCCGCUCGCCCCACCUCAAGACCCUGACGCUGAACCGGCUCCCGAACCUGGACGACGCCACGUUCCGGGCCGUGUACCGCGCGUUGCCCCGGCUGACCCAGCUAAUGCUGGAGGCCUGCGACGGCGUAACGGUGACCGGCGGCUUGCGGCACCUUCUGAUCCGAUGGCCGAGCGCGUUGGAGCGGGUGGAGGUUCGGAGUGGUGAAGACGAGGCCGUCCGGAAGUUGGUGCGGGAGGUUCGUGAGCGGUUGGAAGGAUUUGGGGUGCGGUACGAGGGGAGGCGAUUGGGUGAAGGUAAGAAAUCUGAUAUGAGACAUCAGUUUAGUCGCUAAUUUGAUCAAAAUCUUAAUAAAAACAACGAAUUUUGUC